AUGGCGUCCGAAAAAGGUCCUGUUGCGACAGAAGCCCAGCCCUUCUCAUCCAACCCAGUUCCUACCUCGCCCAUCACGGCAGAGUCGCUACAAGCUGACGCGAGUCGUGCCGCUGCCACGCUGAAGAGAGCUCGAGAGACUACCCCGACAUCGCCGAGCUCCGCUAUUGCGACGCAGCUCGCUUCUGACUAUUCACCCACAAAAGUUGCCCGACUCGCUCAUUUGGCGACGAUACGAUCGCCUGCCCCUCUGACCGGCGCUGCCGCGCUUGAGGACGAGCGGGACGAGCGUCGCCGGGAAGACGAACAGUACAGGCUCCAGGUCUCGGGCAAUAGUGAAAACCCUGCCUAUAGAGUACAGUCAGAUCUCAUGUCGGCCGGCGCACUUGGAAUCAGUAGGCCACAGGAUGCGCCCAUGGCCGAUGGUCUCCCGGCGGAGCCAAUGCCGAUAGAUCAACCAGUAGAGCAGGCGGUGGAACAUCCGGUAGAGCAGCAAGUCGAACAACAUGUAGAGCAACCGGUAGAGCCAAUGGAGCCGGUCGAGCCGGCGCCGACGGCAGAACAUGCAGAGGAGAUCAAGGUCGACACGAGUCCUACUACCACGAAUGUGAGCGGAGCUAGUGGUACCGUUACAGCGAGCCCUGCGCCCAUGGACAUUGACCCGCAGCUCAAUCAAACAAACUACCUACCGCAACCGCAAGCUCAAAUGGAAGAAAAGGAGAGCACAUCGCUAUCGUACCCCGGGCUGGUGAGCGCAGCGACAGCGGCAACGCAAAUGCCUGCGCCACCACCCCGCGGGUCAAGCUUGCCUAUGACGCCUGGGCAACAGGUCGCACCGAGAUCACCUAAUUCAAAGAAACACAAGUGCCCGUACUGCGAGACGGAGUUUACGCGGCACCAUAAUCUAAAGAGUCACCUCUUAACCCACAGCCAAGAGAAGCCUUAUGCCUGUGGCACAUGUCAAAUGCGAUUUAGGCGCUUGCACGACUUGAAGAGACACAGCAAGCUGCAUACUGGCGAGAAGCCACAUAUUUGCCCAAAGUGCGAUCGGAAGUUUGCGCGCGGAGAUGCAUUGGCUCGACACAGUAAAGGCCCUGGUGGCUGCGUAAGCCGCAGGGCCAGCAUCUUUGGGGACGACGAAUUCCAAGACACAAGUCAGCUCGAGGGAGACUCGACCAUGUCGGGUGUGGUAUAUGACGGAAGCAACGAGGCCGAGUUGACUGAAGAGGACCGUCGUCGGUUAAGUUUGCCCACACCUACUAUCAAAGCUCAGCACGUGCAAGGUGGCCAGGCGCCCCCUGAAGGUUACGCACCUCAUUCCCGGACGUAUCCUCCGAGCGUCAGUGCUGGCGGCCGGCUUUUCCCGCCCAAUGUCGAACACGGCUCAGUGAGUUCAGCCGCCUCUGGCGCAGUGCCGGCAACUGGCGGCAACGCGUCACUGUAUUCUCAGACUGGCAUGACUGAGAGUCCGAAGCCGCUUAGCCCCGGCCAGCCUCACGACGGCAGCAUCACCAGGCAGCGUUCGCCCAGCUUGACGACACAAUUCCAGCAGCAACAGUUCGGUCGGCACCAGACAGACCGCCAGACCCCACCAGGUUCGUCUCAACACUCUUCCUACCCAGAAGCGCUUGUUGCUCAACUCUCUUCAGUGCCUGGAUUCGCCACAAAUGACGGUCGUUACCCUCCGCAAAGCAACGCGCAGGGCACUGCUGCCGGUUCGCAGGCUGGUGGCUCGGUAGCAGAUGUCACGCAGCAGACAGCGAAUGGAACUGAGCAGCACGGAGCAGACAGCAGCGCCAACACGAUUUUUGGUGCAGAUCAAAGUAUUUGGGUGUACAUCCAUAACCUGGAAGAGAACUUCAAAGAGAUGAGCGCGCGAGUCGCAAACCUGGAGCAAAGUGAGAGAUCACACGAAGAGAGAAUCGUGCAGCUGAGCGACGAAGUGGCGAUGCUGCGAGCACAGCUCGAAAUGAAGACGGAUGUGCCGGAGCCGGAACCAACCAUCGAGUGA